AUGUAUGGGCAGAGCUCUUUCCAUUUCUGGGUACCUCCUACUGCAGACUACCAGUCCAAUACCAAAAACUUUACUGACACGACAGAUCUAGUCGAGCUUACCGACUCCUUUGUGGCUUCUGGUUUCACUCCUACUCCUACUCCUUUUGGUUAUCCUUCUCCUACUACCAUUGCUCCUACAACCAUUAGUACCUCAGCUACUCCCACUCCUACAACUACGACUUCAACCACUACUAUUGCCACCACUUCUACUACUGAGGCAACCACUACCAUCCUUCCAAUGCUGUUCACCACCAAGCGUAUUGACCAGAAUGUGUUGGUGGCUUCUGGGCGAGAGAUCUGGAAUUUGACGGUGGAGCCUAACAGUAACUACGCUAAAGUCAGCUGGACGCACAACUUCCCGGCCAGCAGCAGCGAUUUUGUACUAGAGUUCACUCUGGACAGUAACAAGACGAAGAAAGAUGUAAAGAGUCAACAGCCCCCCAUUAAUGUGGUGGAUCUCAUCCCAGGCGUCGUGUAUCACCUGAGAGUUUACUCCCAUCUAUUCAACAGUGUCAGCAGCAAAUCUGUCACCUUUAAGACCAAAGCAGCCUACAUAGACCAGGUAGACAUAGCCACGCAGGGCUGGUUCAUCGGAUUGAUGUGCGCCAUCGCCCUUAUCAUCCUGAUCCUCCUCAUCGUCUGUUUCAUCAAGCGGAGUCGUGGAGGAAAGUACCCAGGUGGUGGCUACACGAGCUGUUUCACAAAGGCUCUGGUGCGAGAUAAAAAAGAUCUCCCCUUGGACGCGGUGGAUCAAAAAGACCAGGAUGGAUCCUUUGAUUACCACAGCGACGAGGACAACAAGCCUCUGCAGGGCAGCCAGACUUCACUGGAUGGCAACGUAAAGGAAAGCGACGACAGCCUGGUGGACUACGGCGAGGGAGGAGACGGGCAGUUCAACGAAGACGGUUCUUUCAUCGGCCAAUACACAGUGAAGAAGGACAAGGACGAGACGGAGGGCAACGAGAGCUCCGAGGCCACUUCGCCUGUGAAUGCCAUCUACUCGCUGGCAUAGCGGCUCAACAGCGCACACGGGGAACUUGGACUCUCUGAUUUGUUAUGAUAGAACCACACACAUGAUUCUAUGAGUAUAUGAAACACAUUACACACAGUGAAAGCAGCAGUGGCACCAGUCUGGAGACUGUCUAGGCUCUCCUCUGCAGGUAACGUGGAAAAAGAUGCGACCACAAGCCUUUAAUUUAUUUUUCCAGUUCUAACAAUAUGGUCCAUGGACACAUCUGGAGAAAGUGGACGAUGCUCGUUUUCCUUUGCGCUCUGCCUGCCCUUUACCCACACAGACUUGAAGUGUGCCUUCGGGAGGCAUCAAACGUUCUUUAGAGAUUUUUUGGUUUGUGACUCAGCUCUGCUUCCCGAUAACCUCCCCCGUGCCCGGCAUACCUCUGCGUAACCAAGUAAAGUAGUCACAGAGGUUAAAUAUACAUACACACUCUGGCCACAUCCUGUAACAUAUCAGCUUCUAACCAUAGGAUGCCGGCAGAUAUGUUUAUCAUAUUGAUAUUUAGGCAAUGAAAGAUUUUAGUUUUUCCACAGCUGAUAGAGGAGUCCGUGAAACUUAACGAAUGCUGUAUAAAGUCCUGGCACACAUUUUAGUGCCCUGCAAAUCUAUGCACUAUCACCUCCUUCAUACCAUUUUUGGUUCCAUCUGGUUAGUAAAAGUACACAUUGUGGGCUUCUUUUUAGCAGGUUCAGUCCCAAGGUGGUUUGCCUUGGACUUUGUUGCAUCUGUUCCCUCUUAUCCUGUGUUGCAGUUGUUCAAAAUGCUUUUGCUGGGUAAAGCUGUUUCAUGCUUUGUGCUCAGUUACAGUAUGUGGUUAAUUAAACCCAACGUUGUUCUGAAGCAUGGUCAUAAACUUAGUGCGAGAGAAAUGUGAUAGGUUUGCUCGAGAAACACCAGCGCACUAAAAAACAGUGAAUUCCCUAAUUAGCAUGUGGGCUUGUGCUACAUUCAUGUCUAGCUGACAGGGUUCGAGGGCAAUGGUUCCCACACUAAUAUGGGAAUCAUCGCCAUCAUGUUGUCAGAAUGUGGGAAAAACUGCAAAAGGAAGAAGUUUGAAUUCAAUGUGUCCUGCUGUGAACGUAAUCGUGAAAGACACUGGAAAUGUCCAGUCUGCUAUCCAAAGACAGUUUAGUCUGUGAACUCGAGGAGGUGUGGAUCAAACUGCCAACCUCGCAGUUAUUGGAUGAGCUCAUCAAAGCACAAGCUGACUGGUCAGUCACAGUCCUGGAUCAAUAUUCUUCUGAUAUUGCAGGACAACUGUGAGGCUCCUUAAUUCUGUUGACUUUGUUAAAGAGUUACAUCCAAUCAGGUAAACUGGCAGUUUUGAAAGUGUGUUUUAGAACCAGGCCAAAUGUAUGGUGGUCACACAGGGACAUAUUUCAACUGAAAGAAAAUAUUCUUCUGCCCCUCUUUAGCACUGCGAGUGUCAGGUUAGCAUCUUCGUUUUGUCUCCUGGGUCAUGAAUGUAGCACCAGAAGUCAUGAUCCAUAAGCCGUGUCCACACUAACCUUUGUGCGUCCAGCUUCACUCCGGCUGUGCAGACAUCAGUACCACACACUGUAUACAAUGACCUCCAGUACUCACUGUUACUGGAACAGCCACACGUGUUGAUCUGAAAGAGUCCACAUAGAUACGUUCAAUUCUUUUACUUUUUGCCUUGAGGUGCUUUAUAUUGCAAGCUACAACAUGGGUGAGCGAAGGCCAACAAUCACAUGAUGUAGAUAAGGUGCAUCCUAAUCAGUGAGGUAAGUGCACUGCACUCUGUGCAGCCUGACCCCACCUGCACAGAGGGACCUCUUUGGAUCUUUAUGAACUUGAUCCGUUUCUUAUCGCUCCAAAAAGACAUAAUUACAAAACACUGCUACGUGAUACAAAUGAUUUAAAGAAUGAAAAGUACAAUUCACAGCCACAAAUGAAAGUUAUCCGCUUCAUUUGAUGUUUUUGAGGUUCACUCCUGCUGCAUUUACUGAAGCUACUAUUAACCCCUGAGUGCUACAUCAAACAGGCGGACAUUUGGAAUAUUUAUUUGGUAUUUAUUACAUGAUGUGGAAAGCAUUAAUAUAUUAGUUCUUAAUUUAAUUCACUUCAUCUUUAUGUACAACUGAGCCAAACUACCGAUGGCUACAGAAUAAAGUUAUUGUUCAUCGCGAGAGGCAUCAACACACAACUGUAUCUUCAACAUAUUUUUCUAGCAGCUACGUUUUCUGCUGUACUGACGUCUCUGUCCAUCCUUAUACUCAUGCUGUGUUACUGUUACUCUGUGUUGUUGUUCAGACUUAAGUAGCAUAACCUUUCCAUCAUUCUGAGAAUGAAUCGAUGUGUGUUCAUUAUUGCAGAUCAUUUGGUAUUUAUUUUGUACAUCAGAGUCCUGAAAGAAAAUCCUACCUUUGUAAAUAUUGAAGACUUGACCCCCACCCGCCCAAUGAGUCACAAAUCUGCAUCCACCAAGCAGCUGUAGUGGUGCAGUCUGUCCUGCACCUUUGUUAUGUAGCUUGGAUUAAUCUUUGCACUCUGAGGAAGAGUCAUCCCUUUGCGUUGUCAUAUACGGACUGUGGCAAGCCUUCUCAGGUGAUGGCUUGGUUUGUGUUGUGAAAGAGAAACAUGUUCGAUUCUACUGUGUUCAAAGUAACAGCUCCUGCAGCGUACUACCUGAGUUACACAAACCACUACAAGACCUGAGAACAUGAAUUUCCUGAGGUCCCCUCCUUGUCUCAGAUAGAGGCUGGAUACACAGGCAUGACAUGUGUCUCAUUACAGGGGUCAACAACUUUGACCCCUGUAAUGUAUUCCACUUUGUUUGUUGGUCUUUGUUCCCCAUUACAACUCUUCUCAGGUGCUCUUUGUCAACUUGUAAAUCUGCAUAUCCACAAAAACCUUGGUAAGAAGUCUUAAACUGGGGAAAAUCAUUCAUUUUCUGAACUUCCUCUUUCUUAAUGUGUCCUAGUGUGAGACGGCCAAUUAACUGCAGCCCCAAACCUGACAUGUGUUUCAAACGAUCCACAGCAAACAGGUACAGUGUGAUAUCAGACCACAUCAAAAUAACACUUCCACAAUCCUCAGCUGAUACACUUACACUGCAGAAUGAAACGGUUUUACUAGUUUUGAUCUCUGUAACAAAGACCAAAGGGAUGUUUGUCAUGAUGAUAUAUAAUCAACACUAAGCGUUCGGUAAAACUAACAUUUAAACGGCGUGUUCUCUUCUGUCUAGAAUCCGUUGACAGCUCUCUCUCGAGCACUGUACAGAUGAACCUUGGCAGUGUUAAUACAAUACAGAGUUGGACGAGCUGCUUGCUAAUGGCUGCAGUAAGAGGCAAGCCUUUCUAAUUCAGUCAGUUUGAUUUGUUAAAGCAAACUCAACACUUUAUGUGUACACUGAAGGACACGUGAAGGACACUAAAGGAGUAAAACUCCUCAAUCAUUUCAUGCAAUGGGAAAGCCUUUAUUCUUCCUGUGAGAUGUUUGCCUGCAUACUGUAUGCAAAAACACUGAACGAGACCAGACAACCACAAAGCCAGGCAGAUCAGCAUCCACAUCUAUUGGAGAUAAAGAAUCUGAAUUUCAGGAGUGGGACAUGCCUCCAAACAUGCUCCUUCUGGUUCUUUUCUACAUAUGACUCCCCCACUUCUGGUUUUCAUGCCCCACCCUCACCUCUUCACUUCUCAUCAGUACACAGAUCUGCCAUGGAAACAGGGCAUGUGUUUUUGGACUUUGAUGGGAAUAUUUGUAUUCUUUUAAUAAUUUACCUUGAGUGUUUUUGCCAGGCUGUCUCUAUCCCCAUCUGUGCUACAUCCAAGUGUUAGCUACAGUUAUCCUUCUUGUGAUGUAGCACAAUGCCACUUGAAAUUGAUUGAAGUUACCUGCUUAGCAGGGCGCCAGGUUAAAAACAGUUGUAGAGUUGGAUUUUCAUGAAACACAUGCUUAUUUGCUUCCUACAGUGGGUUUAGAAGUUGACCCAGACCACCUGCUGCUUAAGUCUGCAGAGGAGAAGGCCACUUUACUUAUGACAGACCUUGUGGCUCCAAAGUGAAAUUUGAGUUUGAGCAUCUCUAAAACAGAGCCCAGUAGUUUCCUUCUCAUUGCUGAUCUUAUAUUUCUCACAGUACGUCCCAGUCAUCUGUCCUCUCUCCUGAAUGUUAAAGCAGUGUCCUCUGAGUUUUAAUCAGCAGGAUGACUCCUCCCAUGCUGUACUGUGUUGACUAGCAGGACGCUGCUUGUGAAACUGACACAGACAGUGAGACAGAGCACUGGAAGAGCAAUAUUUGGUUGAAGAGCAGGUCUGAAUUGUAUCACUGGAACUGGAAAUCUUUGCUAAAAACCAUCACACACACCACUCCUUACUCGCUCUGCUGCUGCCCAUCCACCAACCUCCACUGGUGGACCACAGCAGGGAUGCUGGCAACAUAAAGAAACAAAGGUAUACAAAGCUUCGUGUGUGUCUACACAUCAGUUUAUGGUGCACAAAGACCAAGCUUCUUUUUCUUCACUCUUCACAUUAUCUUAGCUCACCUUUAAUUGGGGAUGAAAAUAGUCAAUGUGUAUUUUUACAGCCUUUGCUUUUCCUUCAGUUUAAAAUGCUGCAAAGUGUCAGAACUUACUGGUGCACGUUUCCAGCUGGAUUUUUCACAACUGCGUCAUAUUGGCAUCUUCUUGUUUUUACCAUGUGUAUCAGAGCAGCGUGUUCACACCUUGCUUCUACAUGCAGCAUAACAGCUUUUGUAAGGUACAUCUACUCUACAGGAAAUGGCUUAAAUAUAUUCACCAUGUAUGCGUGUAUGAUGACAUGUUGCAACUUCUGCUAGUGCGCCUUCUUUAUAGUAAAGCUAUCUCCUUUUCUCUA